AUGCGUUUCCUCUUGCGCCUUUGUGUGCUGGACAGUGAGAGAGAUUUUGGCAAACUCAGUAUCACCGACGUGGUCUGCCUGAGGUGCGGGAGGCAGGAGAGGAAGAUUAAGACGGGGCUCGGGGGGGAGGGGAGAGAAUAAAAUCCACCAUCAUUUCUUUUGCAUGUAUUUGAGCCAGCUGCAGUAGUCCAAAGACAUCACCGAAGGAGUAGGUUUUGAGGAGGAAUCCGAAGGAAGGAGGAGGUGGCGGCAGCACUCUGUAAGCCUGUUCAGAGCAAGGGCAAGGAGAAGAAAGACCUGUGGAGUUCUCAGGAAACCAUCCAACCCAUUCAGACCACAGGCAAGGAGAAGACCUUUGGAAACAGUUCAGCCCGUUCAGAGCAAGGGCAAGGAGAAGACCUUUGGAAACCGUUCAGCCCAUUCAGACCACAGGCAAGGAGAAGACCUUUGGAAACCGUUCAGCCCGUUCAGAGCAAGGGCAAGGAGAAGACCUUUGGAAACCGUUCAGCCCGUUCAGAGCAAGGGCAAGGAGAAGACCUUUGGAAAUGGUUCAGCCCGUUCAGAGCAAGGGCAAGGAGAAGACCUUUGGAAACCAUUCAGCCCAUUCAGACCACAGGCAAGGAGAAGACCUUUGGAAACCAUUCAGCCCAUUCAGACCACAGGCAAGGAGAAGACCUUUGGAAACCGUUCAGCCCGUUCAGAGCAAGGGCAAGGAGAAGACCUUUGGAAACAGUUCAGCCCAUUCAGAGCAAGGGCAAGGAGAAGACCUUUGGAAACCGUUCAGCCCGUUCAGAGCAAGGGCAAGGAGAAGACCUUUGGAAACCGUUCAGCCCGUUCAGAGCAAGGGCAAGGAGAAGACCUUUGGAAACCGUUCAGCCUGUUCAGAGCAAGGGCAAGGAGAAGACCUUUGGAAACACUUCAGCCCAUUCAGAGCAAGGGCAAGGAGAAGACCUUUGGAAACCAUUCAGAGCAAGGGCAAGGAGAAGACCUUUGGAAACCGUUCAGCCCGUUCAGAGCAAGGGCAAGGAGAAGACCUUUGGAAAUGGUUCAGCCCGUUCAGAGCAAGGGCAAGGAGAAGACCUUUGGAAACAGUUCAGCCCAUUCAGAGCAAGGGCAAGGAGAAGACCUUUGGAAAUGGUUCAGCCUGUUCAGAGCAAGGGCAAGGAGAAGACCUUUGGAAACACUUCAGCCCAUUCAGAGCAAGGGCAAGGAGAAGACCUUUGGAAACCAUUCAGAGCAAGGGCAAGGAGAAGACCUUUGGAAACCGUUCAGCCCGUUCAGAGCAAGGGCAAGGAGAAGACCUUUGGAAACCAUUCAGCCCAUUCAGACCACAGGCAAGGAGAAGACCUUUGGAAACCGUUCAGCCCAUUCAGAGCAAGGGCAAGGAGAAGACCUUUGGAAAUGGAUCAGCCCAUUCAGAGCAAGGGCAAGGAGAAGACCUUUGGAAACCGUUCAGCCCGUUCAGAGCAAGGGCAAGGAGAAGACCUUUGGAAAUGGUUCAGCCCAUUCAGAGCAAGGGCAAGGAGAAGACCUUUGGAAACCGUUCAGCCCGUUCAGAGCAAGGGCAAGGAGAAGACCUUUGGAAACCGUUCAGCCCGUUCAGAGCAAGGGCAAGGAGAAGACCUUUGGAAACCGUUCAGCCCGUUCAGAGCAAGGGCAAGGAGAAGACCUUUGGAAACCGUUCAGCCUGUUCAGAGCAAGGGCAAGGAGAAGACCUUUGGAAACAGUUCAGCCCAUUCAGAGCAAGGGCAAGGAGAAGACCUUUGGAAACACUUCAGCCCAUUCAGAGCAAGGGCAAGGAGAAGACCUUUGGAAAUGGUUCAGCCCAUUCAGAGCAAGGGCAAGGAGAAGACCUUUGGAAACCAUUCAGCCCAUUCAGACCACAGGCAAGGAGAAGACCUUUGGAAACCAUUCAGCCCAUUCAGACCACAGGCAAGGAGAAGACCUUUGGAAACCAUUCAGCCCAUUCAGACCACAGGCAAGGAGAAGACCUUUGGAAACAGUUCAGCCCAUUCAGAGCAAGGGCAAGGAGAAGACCUUUGGAAACGGUUCAGCCCGUUCAGAGCAAGGGCAAGGAGAAGACCUUUGGAAACCGUUCAGCCCGUUCAGAGCAAGGGCAAGGAGAAGACCUUUGGAAACCGUUCAGCCUGUUCAGAGCAAGGGCAAGGAGAAGACCUUUGGAAACACUUCAGCCCAUUCAGAGCAAGGGCAAGGAGAAGACCUUUGGAAACCAUUCAGAGCAAGGGCAAGGAGAAGACCUUUGGAAACCGUUCAGCCCGUUCAGAGCAAGGGCAAGGAGAAGACCUUUGGAAAUGGUUCAGCCCGUUCAGAGCAAGGGCAAGGAGAAGACCUUUGGAAACAGUUCAGCCCAUUCAGAGCACGGGCAAGGAGAAGACCUUUGGAAAUGGAUCAGCCCAUUCAGAGCAAGGGCAAGGAGAAGACCUUUGGAAACGGUUCAGCCCAUUCAGAGCAAGGGCAAGGAGAAGACCUUUGGAAACCGUUCAGCCCAUUCAGAGCAAGGGCAAGGAGAAGACCUUUGGAAAUGGUUCAGCCCAUUCAGAGCACAGGCAAGGAGAAGACCUUUGGAAACCAUUCAGCCCAUUCAGAGCAAGGGCAAGGAGAAGACCUUUGGAAACCGUUCAGCCCGUUCAGAGCAAGGGCAAGGAGAAGACCUUUGGAAACCGUUCAGCCUGUUCAGAGCAAGGGCAAGGAGAAGACCUUUGGAAACAGUUCAGCCCAUUCAGAGCACGGGCAAGGAGAAGACCUUUGGAAAUGGAUCAGCCCAUUCAGAGCAAGGGCAAGGAGAAGACCUUUGGAAACGGUUCAGCCCAUUCAGAGCAAGGGCAAGGAGAAGACCUUUGGAAACCGUUCAGCCCGUUCAGAGCAAGGGCAAGGAGAAGACCUUUGGAAACCGUUCAGCCCGUUCAGAGCAAGGGCAAGGAGAAGACCUUUGGAAACCGUUCAGCCUGUUCAGAGCAAGGGCAAGGAGAAGACCUUUGGAAACAGUUCAGCCCAUUCAGAGCAAGGGCAAGGAGAAGACCUUUGGAAACACUUCAGCCCAUUCAGAGCAAGGGCAAGGAGAAGACCUUUGGAAAUGGUUCAGCCCAUUCAGAGCAAGGGCAAGGAGAAGACCUUUGGAAACCAUUCAGCCCAUUCAGACCACAGGCAAGGAGAAGACCUUUGGAAACCAUUCAGCCCAUUCAGACCACAGGCAAGGAGAAGACCUUUGGAAACCAUUCAGCCCAUUCAGACCACAGGCAAGGAGAAGACCUUUGGAAACAGUUCAGCCCAUUCAGAGCAAGGGCAAGGAGAAGACCUUUGGAAACGGUUCAGCCCGUUCAGAGCAAGGGCAAGGAGAAGACCUUUGGAAACCGUUCAGCCCGUUCAGAGCAAGGGCAAGGAGAAGACCUUUGGAAACCGUUCAGCCCGUUCAGAGCAAGGGCAAGGAGAAGACCUUUGGAAACCGUUCAGCCUGUUCAGAGCAAGGGCAAGGAGAAGACCUUUGGAAACAGUUCAGCCCAUUCAGAGCAAGGGCAAGGAGAAGACCUUUGGAAACCAUUCAGAGCAAGGGCAAGGAGAAGACCUUUGGAAACCAUUCAGCCCGUUCAGAGCAAGGGCAAGGAGAAGACUUUUGGAAACCACUCCACCCAUUCAGAGCAAGGGGAUCAUGAAGAUUUUCUGGGAGGCCAUUCGAGGCAAGAGGAGAAAAAAGUUCAGUGUCAUUUGA